UGUCGGGCCGGGAGGACAGCGCUCGCGCUACACAGGGAGCGCAGGGGGACCGGAGAACGGGGGGACUGACCGUAGACCGCACGCGCGCCCCUGCGUGCGUGCGUGCCUACCUCGCGCAUCAUUUCGGUGACUUUGGUGCACAUCCUGUUAUAUAUAUAUAUAUAUAUAUAUAUAUAUAUAUAUAUAUAUAUUUUUUUUUUCCUUCCCAGUUCAUACCUUAUUUGUGUGGGCGCGCCGGACCGUGUGUGUGUGAGCACGUACGUGUGUGUGUGUGUGUGUGUGUGUAAAAUGACAAGUCUUGGCCCGUCACCGCGUGCGCGUGUCAAGCCUGGCCGCACGUUUGGAAGGACGCCCGACCGCAGCCUUUUCUCAUCUGCAAGUUCACUCCGAUGAAUUGUGACAAAGGGCUGUCAGCGCCCGAAUAAGAAAUCGAUGCUCGAGGAAGCGACGCGCGGCUCUCCUGGAAUUUUAACGAUCCCUGUUUUUUUUCCCCUUCUUUCUCCCUUUCUCUCUAUCUCUCCCUCUGUGUUUCGCGCGCGCGCGCGCGUCUUUAUAACCAUACGAAGUGUUUCUCCUGGACUCCUGCUCGCCGCUGCAAGUCGAGGGGGCUGAUAGGGCUGCUGUUGAGUGUCCAUGCAAGACUCGGAGAGGGUGAGAGAGGAGAGGAAACAUGUCUGGCCACUUCUCUGAGAGGAUCCCUGCUAUCAGAGAUGGCAUUUUUGCCCGGCACGGCGCUCCUUGCUUCUAAAGUGCCUCGCAAAAUCCUGUUCAUGUUCACGCUCUCGCUGUCCGUAACCUACCUGUUCUACAGUUUGAUGAGCUGCUACGACUCGCUGCGCUUCCCCGUGCUGGAGAACUACGCGUACCAGGCACCGGAGGUCACAACUUUGGCCACGCUGCGGGAGAAACUUUAUUCGGGCCCUCCCCGCGCGCACCUCGUCCACGAGCUCGAGGCUACAACCGCCGCGGCCGAUCUGUUCACGGAGACCCACGGCGUGGAGGAGAUCACGGCGGGAUGGGAGCGAGCUCGGGCGGAGGCGGAGACGGAGUCGGCUGUUAGCAAGAGUGCCGCGGGGAACCUGGAGCAUCCGGAGACCAGCACCAUGGACAGGGGACUGGAGAAAGCCGCAAACUGCACCUCGGAUUACGGGGAGAAGAAACUACCCCAGGCUAUUAUAAUCGGGGUGAAGAAAGGGGGCACGAGGGCUCUUCUCGAGGCGCUCCGAGUUCACCCGGACGUGCGCGCGGUCGGGAACGAGCCGCACUUCUUCGACCGGAAUUACGAGAAAGGACUGGACUGGUACAGAGACUUAAUGCCAUCAACGUUGGAGGGCCAGAUCACAAUGGAGAAAACGCCCAGCUACUUUGUGACGAACAGUGCUCCGAAGCGCAUCCACACAAUGGCCAAGGACAUCAAGCUGAUCAUCGUGGUACGCAACCCAGUGACACGAGCUAUCUCAGACUACACACAGACAUUGUCCAAACGGCCUGAGAUCCCCACCUUCGAGAUCCUUGCUUUCAAGAACCGGACGCUGGGAUUAAUUGACGCCUCAUGGAGCGCGCUGCGAAUCGGAAUCUAUGCGCUCCACUUGGAAAACUGGCUACAGUACUUUCCCCUAUCACAGAUGCACUUUGUGAGUGGUGAGCAGCUCAUCACGGAUCCGGCCGGGGAAAUGACCAAGGUGCAGGACUUCCUGGGUCUCAAGCGCAUCGUCACCGACAAGCACUUCUACUUCAACAAGACCAAAGGCUUCCCCUGUCUGAAGAAGCCGGAGGACAGCAGCACCCCACGGUGCCUUGGCAAGUCCAAGGGCAGGACACACCCCAAAAUAGAGCCGGAUGUCAUCCGCAGACUGCACAAGUUCUACAAGCCCUUUAAUAACAUGUUUUACCAAAUGACAGGGCAGAAUUUCCAGUGGGAGAUGGAGGAUGGAGGUGACUCCCCUGGCCCACGGGACUGACAGACUGGUGUAUCACUGCUCUACCAGCUUAAACCCCCCCUCAUAAACCACCAAUGUUCUUCAUUUUCCUUAAGCCAUGCUACAGCACAACCAAUCAAGUACUAUCUGUCUGUAUUUAGAGCAAACAUUUCACCAGUUUGCUCUUUAAUUCCAUUCCCUGAAAAGCCUGGUGUCAAUUUGUUGUAUAUAUAUUAUUCAGUACAUAAAUAUAUUUAUAUUUGUGAAAAGAAGAUGCUUUUAUUCAUUUUUGAUUUUGAACACAGCGUUGCUCUAAAAUCAUGUCUACAUGAUGAUGAUGAUGCAUGCAAUGAGUUAAGUGUCCUUACCCUCUCAGCCAUAUACAUUUACUGGCCUGUUUUUGUUUGUUUGUUUGUUUAAACCACAUAUAUGUUCUACCUUGGACCAGGGUCUCUCUCUCUCUCUCUCUCUCUCUCUCUCUCUCUCUCUAGCUAGCAACUCAUUGUGUCCAGUCGAAGCAAGUUAUUAACAAAAGAACAGGAAAUCUGUGACAGAGGAAGAUUCAGAUUUAUUUCAUAAAACUGCACAAGCGUCUGUAUUUUUCCACUGACUUUCCCUCAUAUUUUUUUUGUAUUUCCUUUAAUUGGAUUUAGGACUUUACCCAACACAUUCUUACUCCCGACGUGGCAAAUACUGAAACAUGGGCAGAAGCCUGUAGCGUCACUGCACACAUGCCGAAAAGGCGCCUUUGGCUUGACUAAUUUGACGCACUCGAUAAUCCUAUUUAAAGCCUAUUUGCUUCAUCUCUCCAGCACAAAAUGGCAAACACAUGUACUGGCUUUGAGGAUGAGCCUUGUGCUUUAAAAGUCUGUUACACAAAAGGUGAAAGAAUGAACAAAGCACAGUCCAUAAUAAAGGACAACUCUCUGGUGAUUUCUAUUUUUAAUGCUAGACCUGUCUUCAUUGUGCUAAACUAUUUAACUUACCAUAUUUAACUGUUAUUAAUUGGCACAAUGUCAUUUUAGUUAACAAGGACAUUUCCUUUAUAUAGUGGGGUCCAAAAUCCAGUGAAGUGUUGUUGCCUUGAAUUUCAAAUUGAAAAUGUUAAAACAUUCAAUAUUAAUCAAGAUGCUGCAUGAUUACUGUUGAAAUAAACAUAUUUGUGAUAUUAUGACAUCUACAAUUUACUUAUACACAAGAUACAAAAGAUAUUACUUCAGAAUUAUUGCUCUCAUUGAAGAAUGUAUUCAGUUCCUAUGGAUUAAAACGUACAUCAGGUUUUGCACAGAUUUUUGGAGUUAGUGCAGGAGAUAUACCAAAUACGAAGACUUUUUUUUUAUUAUUCAUGUAACUAUUCUAUAAAAUGUCACUUUUCACUCAGGUUAUUGCUGAUAAUAUCAUUUGUGAUUAAACCUUUUGUAUAGAAUGUGCAAAGCAUUUUCUUUCUCAGACUUUUGGACCUCAAAUUUAGUCAGUCUACACAGCCAGGAAAUGUGUUUGCCUUUUUUUUUAGUUUGAGAGAUGACGCAAGUGUCCUUGUGUUGAUCAAAACAGUAUUAUACUGAGUGAGUGAGUCUAAUAGUGAAACAACUGUAGAGUAAACAGUGACCAUAAAAGCUUUAAUCUCUGAUGCACUGGGAAUUAGAAUGGCUUUAAUUUCUGUAACAUGCAUUAGCAUACUUUACCACAAUGACAUAAAGUUGAAUGUGAAGCAGUACACGUCACUGUGGGAUCUACAUCAUGUCUUUAAUUUCUUCCUUUUGCCUUGAUGCCCUCUAUAGCUGGCUAUUUUUGAUUUUAUUUUUACGGAAUGAGUACAGCAACAGAAUAAGCCUUGAGCAACUUUAAAUGACCUAUCAUUGUCAUGCAUGGGAUUAUUCAGGAAAAUGUCAAAGAGGCACAUGUAUGCUUCAGAACCAAGCUUUUAAAACAAAAUUAGUUCUCCGAACAAUUUGGUCCAUGGUUUAAAUUCACAAGGCAGCGCAAUCGAGUGUAUCAGUGAUACAGACAAACUGGGCGGUAGGGUGUUACCAAACAUCUGCUGCAUGAAAAGCUCUGAUGUUAAAGAUAAAUUGGGUACAGGACAGGGUUUGGCAAUGUUGUCGAUGUCAGUGUUUAAACUUUCACUAGUGUCAGAGUAAACUGUUCUGUUCUGGAGCAAAAAUGGCUUUCAGGGUUGAAAUUACUGGGGUUUGAUUUAAAUGCAUGUAACGUUGGAUGCAAAUGUACUCGCUCCGGUGGUUACACUUUUCAUGCUGUUCAUAAAUAUCAUAGUUCAUCUCAAUUAACAGCUACAGUGUGGAACUGGGAUUGAUUGGUUUAUUAUUAUUAUUAUGAUCAUCAUCAUAAUUAUCCUAAAGCAAUGCUGAUAAAGAUACUUGAUCACAUUUGCAAAGUAAGACCUUUGGAAGAGAUUUUUACUUGCACAAAUAUUGGCUCCUUCUCCUUCUUAGAAUCAUGAAUGAAGCCCUACACACUGAGUACUAUGCUUCUGAAUAACUGAAAGAAGUUAUUAAAUUCAUUUACUCUGGUAUUUUAAUAACACUGCCUAUGAUAAGGUCGGAUGUGAUACAUUUCCUUUAAUUAAGUAGAAAUCGACCUCAUCAUAAGCAGCAGAAUUGAGCCUUCAGCUCAGGGUUGCAUGGGUUCAGCACUGACUCCAAAUUUUACAUGAAAAAAAAAGGGAUUUCUUUAUAUACUAUUAAAUAUAAAACAAGAUAUGCUGAUACUGUUUUUGAACUCGGCCCUGUAUAAGUCAAGAAAUAUUGUAGUUACAUUUGUGUUAUGACAUUUAAAUCGAGCCCUCAGGGUUGGGAGAAUGAGAUAAGCAUUAACAGUUCUCUUUGGCUUGCGGUUCAUUUAUUUCCAUCAAUUAUUUAUUUCAGACACUCGAUCCAUCAAGGCAUUGUGGACGACUGCUCCCGGAAGCUUACUUAUCCCGACAAUAUACCAGACGAAGAAAAAUCCAAUUCACUUUGUUUGCAGUAUUGCUCCAAAGUUCACUCGGGUUUGAGGAAGGAUUUUCUUCCCCUUUUUAUUUUUUCAUUAAUCAGGACCACAAGUGAUUGUCGUUUGCCAACACAGCUGUGAUUAUGAUAACAGGGUGUCAUUACCGUCUCCUGCUUUUUUCAUAAACAUUGUUUUAACCUUCAACUGCAAUUAAAUUGCAUCUCGAUUGUUUGUUUGGUUUUUUCCCCCAUCAUAGUUAUUGCUGUAAUUUUCUUCCACUUCAACAACUUAGUCAACCAAUACAGACUGCGAAUCGAUAAACGCAGCCCUGAUCCACAUCUUCAGCCGCCAUUGGCUGAGAUACCGCCUCACUGCGUUAAAAAAAAAAGAAAAAAACAGUAUUUUAAUUUGCUAUUUUGUUAUUUAUCUUCUCUUUUAAAGAAACAGUACAAUAAUUAUCUUUCAUAGGCCUUCACAAGGACACAGGCCUGGAUCAAAUUUGGGUUACAUGCUGCCUCUUAUGAAGACAAGUAUCUAAAAAAGAAAAAACUGUAAUAGGGUGAAUAGUGGACGAAUGCAUAUUCUAAUGUAUGUAUUAAUUUUUUUAGCAUUGCGUUUUUAUCUAGUAAACAUCUUUGGAACCAUUAUUCUGAUUGUAUUCACAU